AUGCCGCCCUAUGCCUGCUGCAGUGAUGUGCCGUUUGAGAACCUGGUGCGCUUUCUGACGUGCUUUGAGAACGCCAAGAAAGGCGAUGCCAAGAACAGGCAGCUGGUCGAGUUCAGGACCAAGAAUGUGGUCCGCCCCAGCAAAGACGUCUAUGCUAUCUACCGCCUGCUGCUGCCCGGGAGCGACCGCCGCAUGUACCUAUUGAAGGAGCAAGCGCUGGGUGCGGUGCUGGUCGACGCAGUCGGCAUCGACAAGACGGCGCCGCUCGCGCAGAAGGUGCUGCACUG